GUGAAAUCUCUGGCAAAUGUUUCUAUCUGUGUUUAUCCUUGUUAGCUACUGAUUUUAUAUUGGUAAAUCAAGCUGGAUAGGCGGCAAGGAUGACCAACGAGACACCACAACCCGUUUUGGCUGAUUCUACCUGCCAGCCACGAAGGAGGUCAAUGCGGUUGACCUCUCCAAAUGAUAAUGUCCCCAACUCUGCUCCUACAGAUGCCGUAAAACGCCGCAUCACUGUGAGGAAGAUUGCACCCAGGAAAACACAAGUCAAUGUCCCCUCUGAGGACCACACAGAAAAUGAACAAAGAUUGAUUGAAGGCAGUCCUAAGAAGUCCCAAAUCUAUACCCCAGGACCUGCCCAGGUCCCUACACCCAAAGCCACCAUGCUCUGCCCGAUCUUGGCCCCCUCACCACCCUGUCCACAGGCUGCAGCAAACCCAGAAGACUCAGCAUGGUCACAAAAGGUGCGGAGGUCCUAUACCCGCCUAAGCCUAGGUGACCCUUCAUUUGAAAGUCACCAGGCCAUGUACUCCCCAUCUCCUCAGCGUCGGGAGACCCUGUUUGGAUUUGAGAAGCUUCAGACACCUCAGGUUCUCCGCCAGGUUGAGAAGUUCAGGGUGGGCCCUGAAGCCUCCAGGUCUCUCUGUGGAGUCAGCUCCUUCACCCUGCUGGAAGGGGACAACAGUGCUGCUCCAGAGCCAGAUUUCAAUAUCCCUGGUGUCGCUGUGGUAAAGGACAAGAGGAGGAGGAAGAAGGUUCCUCAAAUAAAACUGGCAGAGCUGGAUGACCUUGCGGCAAAGAUGAAUGCGGAGUUUGAAGAGGCAGAAGGAUUUGAAUUGUUGGUGGAAUAAACUCAUGGGUCAUCUACAAAGACUUUGACAUGUGACUUGAAAGACUGGUUGCCAAUACUGGAGAACGUGUUAAUAUUUUUAAUUUCAUUAUUGAAUUACAAAGACAGUGAAGAAGAGUUAAAUUUUUAUUUGAAUGAAAAUGCCACCUAUGGGAAACCAACAGGAUUAAUUUACAAGACAGAAAUGUUGAUUGAUUUUUUUUUAUAUAUAUAUAUAUAUAUAUAUAUAUAUUUAUUUUAUACAAAAAAAAAUCAUUGGUAUCAUCAACAAUGUAUCUCAAGAAAGAAUUCUAGCUUCAAGGAUGUUCCUGUCACUUUGAUAUGUUAAUAGUUAUUUGUUUUUUGAAAUUACAACUUCAUUAGGUCACUGGGACAUCAUAUUGUGUUGAUGAGCACCCUUUAUAUUUUAAAUUAUUUGCUCAAUCAUUGUUGGAUUACAGGUGUGUUUUAACCUAUAAGAAUUAUUUACAAAGCACCUAUCAUAUUUUGUUCCCUGGAGGUUGCGCUAAUCCUCUCAUUGUGGCUUCUUCCAUCACUGCUAUUUUCUUUUGUGUUAGUGUAAAUGUAAUUAGUUUCUUUAUUCCACUCAUAGAUGAUAGUUUAGAUGUUAGUGAUUUAAGACUUUUAUUAUCUGAUCACCACUCCAUAUCAAUUGGAAACGCGUUCUUAUUGGUUGACCAUGUCCGUUACUGACUCAAGUCUAUCAUAUGGUUGAUCUCUUUGCUUUGUUUAGUUUUUCUGUAAGAAGUAAUGUUGCUUUUUAGAAUUGUUCCGUUAUCAUGAAUAUAAUAAAUAGUUUGUUAUUCUGUGUAACUCUUCCAGUUAGAAUAAUUACCGUAUGAAACAAAGUUUAUUUUUUCCUUUGAUCUAUGCAUUUGUGAUACCAACUGUGCUACAUAAUGCGUUCAUUAUAGUCAUUAAUUUUUCUUUUAAAGAUACUUUUUGAAGUAACAUUUUACCAGGCCAGUGAUUAUUUUUUUAUAUAAUUUUUUUAUAAAUGUCCAUGUUUUAUAUUGAGUAUCAAUGUUCUAGGUCUCCUAAAUAACAUUGUCCUUUAGAAUUGAAGGAGAAAACAGUUGAUUUGUGAGUUAUAUAACCUGUGGGCUGGGUUUUAGCCCCACACUGCUUUGACCUUCCAUUCUCUUUGCUGGAGGGUCACAUCAGUGCACUGCUGCCAUUGAUUGCGAGUGGAGGGCUGUGCUGUAUCACACAAUUGAUAAUCAAUUCAGGGAAAGGGGCUGCGGGCGAUGGACAACUACAGACGCUAGUAUUGUAUGGCUAUAACCUCAGAGAUAGACAGUCCGGAGACAAAUUAUUGUCUUUAUUACUGGUGUCAAACAUCCCAGAAGCAAUUCUUACGUGUACCUCUGUACUUAACUCUCAGGGUGUGGUGAUAUGGGAUUAAGAUAUGAUCAUUCAUUGCAAAUAAUCGUGUUUCUUGGUAUGUGGUUGCUUGUGUCAUGCCAUUGGAAUUAAAUGGAAUUCUCUAUGCCG